AUGGCGAAGGUUAUGUUAGGGGUAUUUGAUGGCUAUAUGUCACCAGAAAGAAAUAAUCUUACUUCGGAGACUAAAAUUGGCGGUACACCCACAUAUUUUCCUACUCUUAAUGAUUCCCAACGAGAAACCAUACAUAAAUGGACUACAUGUUCUGUAUGUGGUAAUCAAAUGUUUCUUUUAUUGCAAGCAUUUAGCCCUUUACCACAUGUAAAUUCUCCACAUCAUAGAAUGAUGUACGUAUUCUGUUGUAACUCUGCUGUUUGUACCCGUCAACCGUCAAGCAGUUGGUGUGCUUUUUCUUUACAAAUUGAUGCUGAUGAUGAAGAGGCUUUAUGUGAUGAGGUAUCAGAUGACGUUAUUUAUAUGAAUCCAAUGACAGUAGAUGAGUUACCACCAAAUAACUUUCCACCUUGUUGUAUUCUUAUUUCCCCUGAACCAAAGGAAGAAAUUGUUGUACCAACUGAUUUGGAAGCUGAAAUGAUCAAAGUCGCUGAAGAAAAUGCUCGAAAUCCUGAUAUUAGUGAAGCUGACGUAAGAGAAUUGGAACAAACUAUUGAUCUAAAAGAUAAACCAUCAGAUUAUGAUUAUGAAAAGUUUAGAAGAAAAAUAGCAAAGGAACCAUCACAAGUUCUUCGUUACUAUGUACGAGAUCAAAUAUCCAGUCAAGAAAAAUCAUCCAUAUCAUCUAUGGCUUAUCCAAUUUAUAUGAAUACUCGAAAAGUAAAAGAUAUGCUUCGUAUUCCACCAUGUAGUCAUUGUGGGGCAGCUUUAAUUCAUGAAUUACAAAUUAUACCAACUAGUUUGUAUUAUUUACGUGUUGGUGAAUAUAUUGCGAGAAAUAAUGCCAAUUCUGAUGAUGGAGUAGAUUGUGGUACAGUAACAGUCUUUGUUUGCUCAAAAGAUUGUUCAAGAAACUCUUCAGGUAUCGUACUGCGGAAAGAAUUUAUUUUUGUUGAGAAGGCCCCAGAGUUACAAGAUGAACUUGAUGAGGCGAACGGAAAAAGAGACCUUCGUAGUCUUAUCACUGAAGAGUGA